AGUAUUGUAUCUCUGGUAUUCCAGCAUUUCAAGUCUCCUCUCACGACAUCCCAGCCACCACCCAGUCCCACGUACAGGAGAGGGAGUCGAGCAGUCGACAUCUGCUUCUUUACGGAUAGUAACUCAUUCGUUCUAUAUCUCAAGCCAUGGCUGCUCUUACCUCCAGCUCCCUCUCCUCAAUGGUGGCGACCACCGCAUUUUCCGCGUCUGCCACGUCAUCCAGAGCUCUUGCCAGCUCUGCAGCUAUCUCUGGGGCUCCGGCUCUACGCUCCGCUGCUUCCGUCAGCAAGGGCCUAGCGCCGGCCGGCAAGACUAACGGCGCCGUCAGGUGCUCCGCGAAGCCGUCUGCUUCGAACGACGCGAGCAACCGAUCCUUUGCUCUGAGAUCUUUCCGCGAGAAGAAGGCUUUCAAGGCUAUCGCAGGGCUCAACAACUUCAAUGCCGACUCUGUCGCUGCUGUCGUCUCCGCUGCAGAGAAGGGAGGAGCCACCGUCGUUGACAUUGCCUGCGAUGCCGACCUUGUUCGCCUUGCUCGCUCUCUCACCACCCUCCCCAUCUGUGUGUCGGCUGUCGAGCCCGAGAAGUUCGUCGAGGCCGUUGCUGCUGGCGCGCACAUGGUGGAGAUUGGCAACUUCGAUUCGUUCUACCCGGAUGGCCGCGAGUUCACCGCAGACGAGGUUCUUGAGCUGACUCGGCGCACACGUCAGCUGCUGCCGUCCAUCCCCCUCUCUGUCACCGUGCCCCACACUCUGCCUCUUCCCGAGCAGGUGGCUCUGGCAGAGGCUCUGCAGGACUGUGGUGCUGACGUCAUCCAGACCGAGGGUGGAACCAGCUCAGCAGCUUCCUCUGCUGGCGUUCAAGGGCUGGUGGAGAAGGCCACCCCCACCAUCGCAGCCACCUACUCCAUUGCAAGGGCGGUCACCAUCCCAGUCAUGUGCGCCUCUGGCCUCAGUGCUGUCACGGUUCCCCUCGCCUUCGCUGCUGGUGCCUCCGGAGUGGGAGUUGGUUCAGCUAUCAACCGGCUGAACGAGCCGAUUGCGAUGGUUGCGGCAGUGCGCGAAAUUGCAGAUGCGGUGAAUAGCCAAGUGGUUGAGAGGAAGGCUGCUGCCAGCAGUGCUAGCUUUUGAGAGCCUUAGCUUCAUGUGCAGUAAGGAAGGUGUAGCUUGAUAGUAUUUAGGUUAAUAUAGUGGAGUAAACGAGAAGAGUGUAGAAGCGGAAUCACAUUUGUGCCCGCAUUAAAACGGGCUGCACGCACUAAUGAAAACACAGGCUACAGGAUUCCGCAUGAUGAGUGUGUACACGUUC